UUCAUCUAAGAUGGCGGACGAAAUUUGCGCAAAACGGAUUAAGAAGUCUGAUGGUGUUAACAUGGUUACUUGUCAAGCCCCAGUCAAUAUUGCCAUCAUAAAAUACUGGGGAAAAAGAAAUGAACAGCUUAUUCUACCUUUGAAUUCUUCACUAAGUGUAACUCUUGAUAAGAAAGAGCUCCAUUCUUCUACAACUGUUGCAGUUAGUGAGGAUUUUUCUGAAGAUUGUAUUUGGCUCAAUGGAAGGAAGCAUAAAAUUGCUGAAAUGCCACGGAUUCAAAAGUGUCUAGCAACAAUGAGGAAACUGUCACACAAUGAGUCUCUUAAGGACUGCUGUAUUCACAUUUGCUCACAGAACAACUUCCCUACUGCUGCAGGCCUGGCUUCAUCUGCUGCUGGAUAUUCCUGCCUAGUUUUUGCUCUGUCAAGAUUACUUCAAGUUAAGGGUGAUCUUUCAAGAAUAGCAAGGCAGGGGUCAGGAAGUGCUUGCCGCAGUAUGUAUGGAGGGUUUGUUGAGUGGGAAAAAGGUGAUGCAGAGGAUGGAUCAGACAGCAUUGCUAAACAGAUUGCUACCGAAGAUCAUUGGCCAGGUCUAAGGGUGCUUAUUCUGGUGGUCAAUGAACACAAAAAAGGCACAAGUAGUACUGAUGGAAUGAAAAGAAGUGUAGAAACCAGUGAUUUACUUAAGUUUAGAUCUGAGUUUUGUGUUCCUGAGAGAAUGAAGAUAAUGAAGAAAGCAAUCUCGGAGAGAGAUUUUGAGACAUUUGCAGAAACUACAAUGAAGGAAAGCAAUCAGCUGCAUGCAGUGUGCCAGGACACCUACCCUCCCAUCGCACCACCAUACAUGAAUCAGACCUCACACAGUAUAGUUCAGCUGGUCACCCUGUACAACAACUUCUGUGGUCAACUUAAGGUUGCCUACACAUUUGAUGCCGGACCCAACGCGUUCUUGUUUGUAAUGGAAAAAGAUAUUGCAGAAAUUUCGUCGCUUAUUAGACACUUCUUUCCUCCAGAAACCGACAGAGGAUUUAUUCAAGGAAUGGAAGUAAAAUCUCAAACUGAUUUAAACAAGAAUCUUUUGAAGUCGAUUACUAUUGAACCAUCUCCAGGAGCUGUAAAGUACGUUAUUUCAACAAAGGUUGGCAGUGGCCCAAGUGAACUGGGCGAAGAACAUAGCCUUCUUGAUGAAAAUGGGCUGCCCAAACCCUAACAUAACAAGAACUGUCUUGCAGUACUGUCUUUCCAAGAACUCCAACAAGAUAGACGCUUUUGAGAGACUUUUUCUACGCCUGUAACGUUAUUCCUUCGUUAGCUUGUCUGUAACUGAAAGUUAAAAUCUAUUUCUCCCGUGCUUGGUUCAAAACUGACAUCAUAGCUCAUACAAGAAGUGUUUUCAUUUGCAAGAGUUAAAUCGUGAAUCUUAGUUGGCGACUUCACAAAGUAUACUCCUUGCUUUGUGUGGCGAACCCAGUUUAAUUUGGACAUCUCUUCUGCACCAUCUUGUUUCUGUAAGCAAAGAAGAAAUCGAUGGAUCAAUCAUGUAUUUGAACAAACAAAACCAAUUUAACCAAACAGAGAAACUUUCCAGGGGUGUCGGAAGAAUUCUGGUUUUGCAUUGCUUUUGCUUUACAAUGCUCUCUGAUUGGCCUGAAAAUAACACGCCACUUUUUCAAUUGACCAAUCAGAUGCAAAACUAGAGCCAAACACGACUUGGCCACUCGAGUUUUCUGACGUUUGUGGUUAGAUGUUUCUGCUGUGAGUUCUCUUUUAAUUUUCUAUGUUACCCUUUGUCGUAAUCGGCUGAUGUGAUUACUUAGAAUUUUUUGCUAUGGCACACUCAGUCAAAAUCUCUUAAC